UUUUACAAGUGUAUUUAUUCCGGCAUGAAUGUGACCGAUGGAAGCCGCGGCGUGUAAUGACAAAGAAAUUCUGUGAUAAAUAGUAUCAUGUCAAAUAAAAUAUUCGAAGAAUCGAAUACAAAAUGAACUUAAGGCCGUUUAUUCGUGAUGAAAACAAUAUUUGCCACACAAAUUUUGUUCGAAACAGCACAAUACUUCUGUUACGUUAGUAACAGUUAAACACACGACUAAUGCGUUUAUAAAAAAAUAAAAUCGUAACGUAAUUACAUUAUUGGAGCUUUGGAGCAUUGUUCGUUGAAAUACCAUAAAUUGCACAGUGAUUUGCGAAACGCAAGAAGAAAGAAAUCACGCGAUUGAAUCUGUCGUUAAAGGAGAUCAAAUUAAAGAGUCACGAGAGUGUCAUGACUGUUAAAAAUAUGUCAGAGUUAUGUAUAAAAGUGUUUGUACAAACUGCAGUCGACUUAAUAUAUUCAUGCUUUAUAAAUGCAGAUAAUGCGCUUGGAAGGACAUAGUCUUACAAUUUAUAAUAGAUAUAAAAGCACAAGAGGCAUAUUCUUUGUUGUACACAGCUGGAUUUAGAUCAAGAUAAAUUGCGCAGUGAUAGUUUACCCAAUUGAACGACGGAACAUUAGUAACAUGUCUAGCACAAUAACCGGCAAGAAUUUGUUACGACCGAACAGCCUACAGUGCACGAAUCUACAGGACUAUUUAAAAUCUCGUAGUCCUGAUACUCUGAACAAAUUGUAUCACAAGCCGCCUAUAUGCCUAGCUGUAUUCCGCGAGUUACCUGUCAUUGCCAAGCAUUAUGUUAUGAGGCUGUUGUUUGUUGAGCAACCAGUACCACAAGCAGUUAUAGCAUCCUGGUGCUCCAAGCUCUAUUUCGAGGAGCAUCAGAAAGUGGUACAAGUCUUGAACGAGCUAUACGUAUGGAAGGAAGCGUCUAUACCUGGUGGAUUACCAGGCUGGACCUUGAACAAUACCUUCAAGAAGAACUUAAAGAUUGUGUUGCUGGGUGGUGGCAAACCAUGGACUAUGUCCAAUCAAUUAGAAACCGACAGUAAGCCGAGAGACGUAGCCUUUUUGGAUUCUUAUGCGUUGGAAAGGUGGGAGUGUGUCUUACACUACAUGGUUGGUUCUCAACAGCAGGAGGGCAUAUCUGCCGAUGCUGUAAGAAUUCUUUUACAUGCCGGUUUAAUGAAGAGAGACGAAGCUGAUGGAAGCCCAAUUAUAACGCAAGCUGGUUUUCAGUUUUUGCUUUUAGAUACAGCUUCGCAGGUAUGGUAUUUUAUUCUACAAUAUCUUGACACAAUUGAAGCACGUGGUCUUGAUUUGGUAGAAUGCCUUACCUUCCUGUUUCAAUUAAAUUUUUCCACCCUCGGUAAAGAUUAUAGUACUGAAGGCAUGUCCGAAGGACUCUUAACAUUUUUACAACAUUUAAGAGAAUUCGGACUUGUAUAUCAACGAAAACGAAAAGCAGGAAGGUUUUAUCCAACUCGAUUAGCGUUAAACAUCGCUACUGGUGAAACUAAACCUUUAACCAGAGAUACAGACAAGGAAGGGUAUAUAAUUGUGGAAACAAAUUAUCGAGUUUAUGCUUAUACAAACUCGAACUUGCAAGUUGCAUUGCUUGGACUCUUCUGUGAAAUGUUGUAUAGGUUUCCAAAUGUAGUUGUUUCGAUAUUAACAAGAGAUUCGGUAAGACAAGCAUUGAAGAGUGGAAUAACUGCUUCUCAAAUAGUAGGCUAUUUACGGCAACAUGCACAUAGUAAGAUGAUAGAAGCAGGGCCACCUAUAUUACCGCCGACAAUUGUAGAUCAAAUUAAAUUAUGGGAAAAUGAAAGAAAUAGAUUUUUGUUCAGCGAAGGAGUUCUAUAUAGUCAAUUUCUUUCGCAAACUGACUUCGAAGUUCUCAGAGAUCAUGCGGUCUCAACUGGAGUGUUAAUUUGGCAAAGUGAAAGAAAAAGAACGAUGGUGGUUACCAAAGCUGGCCACGAUGAUGUAAAAAAGUUUUGGAAACGUUAUUCAAAAGGCUCAAGUUAAUAUUCGAUUAACAAGAUUUAAUUAUAAGCAUUUAAUGUAUAUUGUUGUGUUUCCUAUGUGACAUAAAAAAAUAUUGUUCCAAAAAAGUGCCUAGCAAAACUGGAGAAGCAUCCUUGACAGAUUAGAGAAAUAGUGUUUUCUUUUUAAUCGAUGCCAAAGCUUUCUCAGGUGGGACUAGGUUUUGAUAAUGCAAGUGUGAUAUUCAAUUAAUGAAGUAAGUUUUUGUAUAUUUAAUGUUGUUUGUUUUAUUUUUACGCCAAUAAUAAAAUUCAUACG